AUGUUUGUCUGGGAGACAGCCAAGUUUGAGUUACCAGCAGCCUCGUCUGUGGGAUCAAAGAGCACCUGUGGUGAUGAAAAGGAAGCGGCACUUCUAGUCAUUGUGUUUGGAAUUCACUCCCUCAGCAUAAACUUCACCAAGUCUGUUACAGAGUAUCGUGUCGAUGAGCUGGUAUUUACAUACAACCUUUCAGAUACACUUAUUUUCCCUAAAGCUUCAGAAAAUGGAACUAAGGAAGUAUCUACAAAAAAUAGUGCAAUAUCUGCCAAAACAAACACUGUGUACAUUUGUUCCAACCCCCAUCUCCUCCGUUUGGGAAACGUCAACCUAACGUUUCAUGGUGUCAUUUUGGAAGCAUAUUUGAGCAAUGGCACAUACAGACCCUCUGAUGCCGCUAGUGGCAGAUUCGAUAGGGGGGAAGCAAUUAAUAUUACUGGGGCGGGUGGCACUGCUCCCUCCACCAGCGCUGCCACUCCUGGAACUAAGGAAGUAUCUACAAAAAAUAGUGCAAUAUCUGCCAAAACAAACACUGUGUACAUUUGUUCCAACCCCCAUCUCCUCCGUUUGGGAAACGUCAACCUAACGUUUCAUGGUGUCAUUUUGGAAGCAUAUUUGAGCAAUGGCACAUACAGUAAAAAUGAAUCUCACUGUAGUGAAGAUAUUUCUCCAACCUCCUCUCCAACCCACUCUCCAACUCCUUCACCAACCACUGUGCCAGUAAACCCUAAACCAGAUGUUGGGGACUAUAGAGUUAAUGGCUCCUCUGGGGAAGCUUGUUUAUUGGCCAAAAUGGGUUUGCAUCUUAACUUCACCCGUGGCAAAGUGCCUUUUUAUGAAUUAAAUAUUGAUCCGAAAAACAUAAGUGUCGCUGGCCUGUGCGGUAAUACCUCAUCCACUCUGAUCCUUUUCACUGAUCAAGUUUACCUCUUGUUCACCUUUGUACUGAACACUACUUCAAGCACAUUUUUCCUUAGCCAUGUCCAUGUAAAUGCUACUCUCCCUGAUGCAAAAGAUCCCAAAUUUGUUGAAGACAAUUCCAGCCUGUCGUACCUGCAGACCGCAGCACACAAGUCGUACAAAUGUACCGCUAAAGAAACUCUACUGAUAACGGGAAACUUUUCCAUUGACACCUACAGCCUUCAGAUCCAGGCGUUCAAUAUAGAUGGUAACAAAUUUGGUCCUGCUGUGGAAUGCGCAGCAGAUCAGAAUGGCAUGUUGGUGCCCAUCGUGGUUGGUGCUGCCCUUGCUGGACUCGUCUUGAUUGUGCUGAUUGCAUAUCUCAUUGGAAGAAAGAGAAGUCACGCUGGAUAUCAAACCAUAUAAUUGAAGUAUUUUCCAUUUGAUGUAAAUUUUUACCACUAGCUCUAUACGGAAUUGCAAUGAGCCAACAUUCUUAAUUAGGGUUUCAUUUGUUCAAGCAAGAUUUCAUGCAAACCGCUUCAUAAGAUAUUUUGGUGUUUUUAAUGUGAACUGCCAUCAGAAAGCAUAUAUUUACUAUGCACAACAGAUCUGGUCAUGAAAUAGACAGAGGGGGAGGGGGGAGGGAGGAUUUCUUAAUGAAGUA